GGGAGAGAAAGAGAGGGAGAGAGAGAGGCCGCGCGCUCUUUUUCCCGCGCAGCUGCCUUUGGUUCUCCUCCUCCUCCUCCCCACGCGCCAAAAAAGAAGCCGAAAGAGCCCACCCUUCAGCCUACCUUCUCUCGGGAAGGGAGGAGGAGGAGGAGGAGGAGGAGGAGGAGGGCGCGCGAAGGAAGCGCCUUGCCUCCCUGACCCCAUUUCGCAGCUCCCUCUUGGCCGAGAGCCUCCUCAACCCAGAGAGAGAGAGAGAGAGAGCCCCACGCAGAGAGCAUGUUGUGAGGGGAGCUUCCUCCGUGGCUCGAAGAGGAUGCCCCCUCCUCCGCGGACGCCGGGGCAGCAGCCACUUUGGAGGCGAAGGGCCCCCGCGGUCUUCGUCGCAACUUAAUGCCCGGCCCCGGCUCCGCUCUCCCUUCCCGCCAGAGCUGAGGAGGGAAGGGAGCGGGCAGCGUCCGGCAUGCGGGGCUCCCUCACACCAUGAGAGACCGGCGGCGGAGUGGCGGAAGCAGCAGCGGCAAAAAAGAAGGCGCCUCGGAGCCCCCCGUGCCUUUGAAGAGGGAGAACUCGGCCAGCCGGCAGCGCGAGUGGGAGACCCAGGGCGGCGGGAGUCCGCGCGCGCAAGUGGCCACCGCGGAUAGCAGCAGCAGCAGCGGGUGCAGCAACAGCAGCACUAGCAGUAGCACUCCCGCCGCCCCGCUUUGGCCUCGCGCCCUGGCCGCGCGCGCGCCCCUCUGCCCUCCCGCCAGGCUCCUCAGAACAAGCUGUUUAGACAGUCUAAUGGAUGAGGAUGAAAAAGACAGGGCAAAGAGGGCUUCACGUAACAAGUCUGAAAAGAAGAGGCGCGAUCAGUUCAACAUUCUCAUCAAAGAGCUCAGUUCUAUGCUUCCAGGAAACACCCGUAAAAUGGACAAAACAACAGUACUUGAAAAAGUCAUUGGCUUUCUUCAGAAGCACAAUGAAUUCUCCACACAGACAGAGAUUUGUGACACGCAACAGGAAUGGAAGCCUUCCUUUCUCAGCAAUGAAGAAUUCACUCAGUUGAUGCUGGAGGCAUUGGAUGGGUUUGUUAUAGCUGUUACAACAGAUGGAAGCAUUGUAUAUGUUUCUGACAGUAUUACUCCUCUUCUUGGACAUUUACCAUCUGAUGUAAUCGACCAGAAUUUGUUAGAUUUCCUUCCAGAACAAGAACAGCCAGACAUUUUAAAAAUAUUAUCAUCUCAUAUGCUUUUGCUAGACACUGUAGCAUCAGAUUACUUAAAAUCUGAUGAUGAUUUAGAAUUUUACUGUCAUCUUCUGAGAGGAAGUCUGAACUCCAAAGACAUUCCAACGUAUGAAUACAUAAAAUUUGUAGGAAACUUUCUGUCUUACAGUCAUGUGCCUAUAUCCACUUAUAAUGGAUUUGAUGGUGCUGUUCCAAGAGGUUACAGAACACCACUAGGAAAACAAGUCUGCUUUGUUGCUACUGUUCGGCUGGCAACACCUCAGUUUUUAAAGGAAAUGUGCAUAGUUGAGGAACCUUUAGAAGAAUUUUCUUCAAGACAUAGUUUGGAAUGGAAGUUUUUAUUUCUGGAUCACAGAGCACCACCAAUUAUAGGAUAUUUGCCUUUUGAAGUACUGGGUACUUCUGGAUAUGAUUACUAUCAUGUAGAUGACCUUCAGCUCUUAGCACAAUGCCAUGAACAUUUAAUGCAGUUUGGCAAAGGGAAGUCUUGCUGCUACCGGUUUCUGACAAAAGGACAACAGUGGAUCUGGUUGCAAACACAUUACUAUAUCACUUACCACCAGUGGAACUCCAAGCCAGAAUUCAUUGUGUGCACCCAUACAGUUCUGAGUUAUGCAGAUGUUCGAGUGGAAAGACGACGAAACGUGAUCUUGGAAGACUCACCUCCAGAAAUCAUCUCUUCAGUAUUAAAGGAAAGUAGCUCAGGUUUGGACUCUCAACAGCACUUUAGCACAAUUGAAUUAAGGGCAUCGAUUCUCAACAUGAGUCGGACACUUUCUGUAUCCUCACAAGCCUCUCUGAAAUAUGCACCUCCAUCUUUAUCUGAAAUUGCAGCCACAACAACAAAGCUCAUCCCCGAAUCGCCUUCUUUGCAAAGAACAUCCACUGUAGAGCAGGAUUUAUUAAUACAGAGGUCUAACCAGCCUUCCAGAGAUCCAGUUCAGCUCUGUGCUCAGUUUAGCAUGUUCCAAAACAUCAAGGACCAGCUUGAGCAUCGGACUCGACAACUCCAAGCCAAUAUUCAGUGGCAGCAGGAAGAACUGCAGAAAAUCCAGGAACAGCUCUGCAUGGUACAGGACUCCAACAUGCAGGUGUUUUUACAGCAGCCAACGGCAGCUCUGAAUUUCAAUAGUCCACAGCAGUCAGAACCGGAGAGGAAGUCAGUGGUUGAGCCACUUCAGCAGCAGCAUGAGGAGCAGGUCAUUGCAAGGCCUCCUCUUCAAGGGCAGGUUACAGCUUCUCAGACAGUUGAACAUCAGCUAUUAAGAGAAGAAAAUGUGUUAUCGAACCAGGACCUGGAAUCUGUGGCUACUUCACAAGGGCUUCAAGAGGGCUGCCGUUCUUCUUCAAACAAUUUGUCUUCCCAAUUUAGGGAGACCUCUGUGCUCCCACAAUCCUUGAGCAUAGCUCCACCUCCUGCCAUUCUACAGGAUAGCACUCAGCAGCACAAUACUUCAGAUUUUGGUCAUGACCGACAGUUAAGACUCUUACUGAGUCAACCUAUUCAGCCAAUGAUGCCUGGGUCAUGCCAUGCAAGGCAAUCACCAGAUGUUAAUGCAGUUGGACGCCAAGCAAAAUAUUCUCAAAGCCUUCAGGCAUUCCAAAGUUUGGAAAUGCAAGCUUCCAACAACAGUGCGCCUAUAGUGCUGUUACACCCCAGGUUUUCAGAAACACAGACUUCUCAGGCUUCGGCUUUGCAACCUAUGCAGCAACAGCAACAGCAGCAGCAAAGCUACCUGCAGGUGCAGUCUGCUGGACCUUUGCAAGGCGGGCAGGCAGAUGGUCAGGUGGUACCUUCCUACUCUUCACAGAAAGGAAGCAUAGGGUACCUUCAUGUGCAAUUGCAGCAGUAGACACCUGUUGCCAGAAGAACCACUGACUUGCCUGAAUCCUCAAACAUGCAGCAGCGUCUGCAGUAGAUCCCACUAUCACAAUCAGUGCACAUUUAGCUUUAUUCAACGGUGGCUGGGCAGGAGGAAAUGUCGGCGUUUGCGUAUGUGUUCAUUUCAAAGCUUUGUGACCUAAAGGGACUACUAAGGGUAGUCCCUUAUGGAUAGUGCAAUAGGAAAAGGAACGGGGAUUCGUUUUGCAUAUGUUUGCACUGGUUUUGUGACUGUGUUCUUGAUAU